AUGAAAGCAGCCAGGCUAGUCAGGUAUAAAACCCCCUACGACAUUCAGGAGGUCGACCUCCCGACGCUGCAAGAAAAUGACCUCCUCGUCCAAGUCGGGGCGGCAGGAUACUGUCAUACCGACUAUCAAGUCUACGUAGGGGUUUACGGCUCGCAGUGUCCAUUGACGCCCUCUCACGAGCCGGUGGGCACGGUGGUUCAAGUCGGCUCGGCUGUCCAGCACUUCAAGCGCGGGGAUCGGGUUGGGGUCUUGCUGUUCCGCCAUGCCUGUGGCUCUUGUCUCGCCUGCCGCACCACCCUAGCGGAACAGGGUCGCGUCGACCCCCGGUUCUGUGAGACGAUCUCCAUGGCAGGCAUCAAGGACGAUGGCGCCAUGGCCGAGUACAUCGUGGCCGAUGCCGAGAACACAGUCAAACUCCCUGAUUCGGUGGCCUUCGAGCAAGGGGCACCUCUGAUGUGCGCCGGGACAACCGUUUGGGGCGGCAUCGAGAAGGCUCAGCUACGGCCGAAUUCCAGGGUCGGAGUGAUUGGGAUCGGAGGGCUGGGCUCCCUCGCGGUCCAGUUCCUCAAGGCUCUUGGCCAUCAGGUAGUCGCCGUUGACAACCGACAAGAGGGGCUAGAUUUGGCGACCGAGCCGAGCCAGAAGGCCGAUCUGGUCGUGGAUUCCCGGUCCGACACGGCGGUCGACGAGAUUGUGCACUGGGCAGGUCACGGCGGCCUUGCCGCGGUCAUUGUGUGUACCGAUAACGUUUCGGUCAACGGGUGGAGCUUGAAGCUCCUAGCGGCGCACGGCAAAUGUAUUGUUCUUGGUCUGCCUGUGGAUCCGCUGCAGUUCAAUGCAUUCGACCUCGUCUUCAAGGAGAUCGCCAUCAUCGGCAGUCUGGUCGCGACCAUCGAGCAGGCGCGCGAUAUGAUGGUCGUGGUGGAUCGAUUCCACAUCAGAUCCCAUGUGCGCACGCUGCGCCUGGAGGACGCUCCAAACCUGCCAUCCUUGUACAUGGAUCCUCAUCUUAAGGGUCGCCUGGUGGUCAAGUUCUGA